AUGGCGAUGGGCAUGCGAGGUCACCAAAUGUCGAAGACAGUUGUGACGCUGCCAGAUCACCAGCAUCACCUCCACUCCCACUCCACACUGCCCAAUCACUACGCCCACUCCAGUCACCACCAGCACCACCACCACCACCACCUCGCCCACUCCACCUUGACCCCCAACCACCACUACGCCCACUCACCCCCGCUGCUCGUUGUGUCGCCCACGUCUCCCCGAAAGAGCCCAGCGCACCUGCCGGACCUCGUCGCAAGAGAGCCGCACAAGAAGCGUCACGUAGCGGCGCCCGUCACCAACUGCACUUCUUGGCUCCAUCCUGAGGGGGAGCCCGACUCGUCCCAAAGAGCGUCGACGUUACUGACUUCGGCUUCCGCUUCGUCGCCCUCGCCCGUGUCUCUCCGCCAGGGUUUCAGAGGAUCGAGAAUCCCAGUUAGGUCCGCGCGCCGGGCGGGUCUUCGGCGCAGCGAGGGCGAGGAGCGCGCGCCGGCCCGCUACCUCCGCUCGCGCAGCCUGACGAAGCUCCCGCUGGAGGAGGCAGCGAUGACUCGCACCUUCCGCCUCGGCUCCUCCCGCUCCCCCCCGCCCUCGCCGCGCUCCCCGCACUCCCCCUCCCCCUCGUCCCCCUCCCCGCGGGGAGACAAGAAGAAGAAGGACGAGCGAGGGAGUCGGAGGGCGGCCAAGAACGGGAUUUCGUCGCCGGGCACGCCCCUCUCCCCGCCCCACUGCAGCCGCCACGCCCAGCACGCCCACGCGCCCGUCUCGCCCCACGCCCUCCGCCGCCACAGACACGCCUCGCCGCCCCGCCUGGAGCACGAGCCCUACGAGACGCCGCAGUACUUCACCUUCCACCUCACCCUCAGGAGCCCCACGCGAGCCACGAACCCUGGAAGGGCGAGGAACGGCGCAAGAAAUGAUGGCAGCGUAUAUUCCACCGCUGACACAAUAGCAUCGUCAGCGGCUAGACGGUGUGUGGAAGACAUGAUCUUACAGUCCUGCACUCUCUCCCGUUCCCCUCUGCCGCAGUCGACGAGGGUGCCGCGGACGAUUCACAUGCCCCAAGUGCCCAGAACGGAUCUUGGCGAUGUCGAGAUCCGCACCGACGUACCAGGAGGCAUGAGAGACGAAGAGAGGAUGGAAGGAGAGGAGGAGAGAGAAAUGGAGGAGAGAGAUAAAGGAGAGGCGAAGGAGAGAGAGGAAGAGGAAGGAGAGAUCGAGGAGAGUUCUUUGCGUGGAUGUGCUGACGAAGACAGCCUCAGCGGCAAGGACCCCGGCAGCAUCAACAACGACAGCGAGGGCAAUGGCACAAUAGGAGCGUCCUACGAUUUCAACAUUUCCGAGGUCUUCCAGUGCAAUAAUUUUGGUAUAGUCGACUGCCUCACGUCUGUGAUUAAGGAGCCCGACACGGACGACAGCGAGAGUUGCAGCAGUGACUACGGCUCCGGCCUCGGCACGUCCCCCCCGGGCAAGUUCUCUGACACGGACUCCGCCAUCGAGGCCCUGGCUGUGUCGUCCGACCUGCCUCUGAAGGGCUUCCCGACGCCUCGCCCCUCAGCCCUCGCCAGGAGGAAGAAGCCGGACAUGGGGUCGAUCCGCUGGCGAAGUUGCGCCGAGCUCACGCAGAGGUACCGCUCCUCGCCGGCGUCGUCGGUGCUGAAGCGCCAGUGGUCGGACCGGUCCCUCCAGGCGCGCCUCCAGGAGCAGGCGCUGAGGGGCAUGUCCGUGGAGGUCUACGACGGCGACGUGGGCGUGUCGGUGCUCACGCUCUCGUCCUCGUCGGCGGCGCUCAGGAGGGGCCAGAGGAACACGAAGGCGGGGCCCGAGGGGGACGUCGCGGCGCAGGUCGAGGCCAAGCUCCUGCGCAACGAGUCGAAGGAGAGCCAGGACCUCCACGACUCCCUGGCCGUCGAGGCGUCGGGGUCGGACUUCGAGGUGGACGCCGAGGAGGACGAGGCGAUGGAGACGGACGAGUGCGCGAUGCAGCCUCCUCCGACGGGGACCUCGAAGGCGCCUCGGUCCACGUCGCGGAGGAACAGGACCAGCAGCAGGCAGCGCAUGUCCACGGGGUCGAGAACAAACAAGAUGUUAUCGAAGAACAAGGAGCAGGACGACAGCGUCACCAGCACCACAGGCCUGGGGAGCGGGAGCCCUGUGUGCAUAAAGAGGCCUCUCAAAGACGAUGUGAUGCUGGCCAUUAAAAUAGGGCAUCUGAAGGACAAGGAGAUGGACCACGUAUUAGGAAUUCAAGAAGACGACGGCAGCGGCCCAGGUCUGAGUGAGGAGGAGCUCGAACUCUCCACCUCACCCUCCCGCCAGGCCUUCCCAGCGCCGCGCGGAGUAGACGUUCUCAGCCCCCAAAGGCACCUGUGGUCGUUGCAGAAGGAGUCGCGGCGGCGGGCCACUAAGCGCAUCUCGGAGGCGUCCGUCCACCGCGUCCACCCGCACCUCAGCGACGCCGGGAAGUCCGUCAGCAAGGCCGUGCUGAUCGCCCCCGCUGAGUUCCGCCUGGGGAGCUCCGGGCGGGACGCGGCGGCCAAGCACGUCAGCGUGUCGGACACCUCGAGGACGUCCAGCACGAGGAGCCGCCCCUCGAGAGUGUAUUCCGGGAUGUCCAAGGGGGUGGCGGGGGACUCCAGCGCGGAGGACAGCGACGCCUCCGGUGCUGAGCUGUCCGAGCUGGAGCGCUGCGUCCUCUCGCUCACUCACCGAAGGAGUCAGCUCAGGAAGCAGGACACGAACGCCUUCCUGCUGGCGCCUGCUGAGUUCCGCAUCAGCUCGGAGGACAUGUCGGCGCUGCCCGAGAUCUUUCGCAGCUGAUGAGGCCCUCCGAGAAGUGCGUCGACGCCCUCCGCUCUUCGUCUUAGCGCGCACACGUCACCGAGGGAGGCCUGGCGCUCCGUCGACUGUACAAAGCCUGCACUGAGUCUCGUAGGUCACGGCCGCACGGAAACACACGCUCACCUGGCCAUAUACACUUACACGCGUUCCUGCACUCAUACACACGCGCACACAGAUGUCCAUUUACAAAAAUAAAUCCACAUACACAUACACACACACGUAUGCAUACACAAGCAUACACACAUGUCUCUAGCCACAUCACCUAUUGACCUUCCUGUUGUGGUUUUGUAGGUAGAAAUUUGAAUUAACCUUUCUGAUUAUCUACUGAUGCUCCCGUUGCAAAAUUUUAACUUUCUAACUCGCGAUGCCUAGCAAAUUUGGGGAUCAAAGAGUCAUUCUAAUAUUAUAAAUUAAUCUGACUCAUUGAUGCUACUGAAUGAAUGCGAAAAAUAUUGAUCUAUCAAUAUUCACACGAUAUAUGUUUUAUUCAUACAAUUAUGAAUAUAGCUGAAACGCCAUUAUUUCAUAUUUUAAAAUUAUAAGCAUUGUAUAAAAUCUAGUACAACAUCCUCUUUUAAAUAACAUUUAUGAAACUACAGUAGACUUAGUAACUCCGAAGUGCCAUACAUCCAUAAAAGUAUAUUAGUAAGAGAAUAUUUUC